UCAUCGUGUGUAGCUUCAAUGUAUGAGGUAUGUGUUGAACUAGCAGGGAGAUGAUACUGUAGUUGUAGAUUAGAUAAUUAUCUCAGUUGUAAUUAAACAACAAUGUCUGCAGUUCAGAAGUUGAGAGAGUUUGUCAACGAGCGACUAACUGCUGCUGCUGAAGAGAUAUUCAGAGUUUAUGAAACAACUAUCGUCGAGUACGAGGAAGAGAUUGAUCGUCAGCGCAGACUGCUGGAUGUCGUUUGGAAACCUGAAAUAAAGUUAAACAGACUAAAGCUCCCACAGCAACAUGUCUGUAAGGAGGGGGAGGAGGAGGAGGAGGAGGAGGAGGUUCUCGCUGACCAGCAGCUCUGUAUUCAGGAGAGGAACUCCAGUCUGGACCAAGAGGACCCAGAGCCUCCACAGAUUAAAGAGGAACAGGAGGAACUCUGCACCAGUGAGGAGGGAGAGCAGCUUGUACUGAAGCAGGAGACUGAUGCCUUUAUGUUGACUCCUACUAAUGAGGAAAGUGACCACAGUGAAGAUCAUACUCUGGACUUGAGAAUCACAAAAAUUCAGAGUGCAUUUGAGGAAAAGCCUUUAAGCUACAUUUCAGACCACAGUGAAGAUCAGACUCUGGACUUGAGCAUCACUGAAACUCAGAGUGUGGUGGAGGAAAAGCCUUUAAGCCACAAUUCAGUUAAAAGCUCUGUAGUAUCAGAACCAAACAGUGACCAGCAGCUCCUCUCUCACAACUCCCAUGAAGCUGAGAGCCAAGAUCAGAAAGGAGGCAAGCCUGGAGACUCAGGAUCAACUAGAAAUGCAGAGUCAAAACAACAGAACCAACAUCACAACAGCAACAGUCACACUAACAAUAUAUGUAGCCCUACUAUGUCAAAGAUUCACUCUAAUACUCACACAGGUGAGAAGACUUUCAAAUGUGACACGUGUGAGAAAGCUUUUAAGAAUAAAUCACAAUUAGAGGCACAUCUGAUAAUACACACAGGUGAGAGGCCAUAUUCUUGCAAAACAUGUGGGAAAGAUUUCACUCGUUACACUACAUUGAGUGCCCACAUGAGAAUCCACACAGGUGCAAAGCUGUAUACAUGCAAAACAUGUGGGAAAGAUUUCAAAAUUAACAGUCACUUGAAAGUCCACAUGAGAACUCACACAAGUGAGAAGCCAUAUACUUGCAAAACAUGUGAGAAAGCGUUCACUUGUAACAGUUCAUUGAGUGCCCACAUGAGAAUCCACACAGGUGAGAAGCCGUACCUUUGUAAAACCUGCGGGAAAAGAUUCUGUGAAGCUACAAAAUUGACAAGGCAUAUGAAAAUCCACACAGGUGAGAAGCCGUAUACUUGCAAAACAUGUGGGAAAGAUUUCAGAUGGCUCGGUAACUUGAAAGGCCACGUGAAAAUCCACACAGGUGAGAAGCCGUAUACUUGCAAAACAUGUGGGAAAGCUUUCCCUCGUAACAAUUCAUUGAGUGCCCACAUGAGAAUCCACACAGGUGAGAAGCCGUAUACUUGCAAAACAUGUGGGAAAGCUUUCACUCGUAACAAUUCAUUGAGUGCCCACAUGAGAACCCACACAGGUGAGAAGCCUUAUCUUUGCAAAGCCUGUGGGAAAAGAUUCUGGGAAGCUAUAGUAUUGACGAGGCAUAUGAAAAUCCACACAGGUGAGAAGCCGUAUACUUGCAAAACAUGUGGGAAAGAUUUCAGAUGGCUCGGUAACUUGAAAGACCACGUGAAAAUCCACACAGGUGAGAAGCCGUAUACUUGCAAAACAUGUGGGAAAGCUUUCCCUCGUAACAAUUCAUUGAGUGCCCACAUGAGAACCCACACAGGUGAGAAGCCGUAUACUUGCAAAACAUGUGGGAAAGCUUUCACUCGUAACAAUUCAUUGAGUGCCCACAUGAGAACCCACACAGGUGAGAAGCCUUAUCUUUGCAAAGCCUGCGGGAAAAGAUUCUGGGAAGCUAUGGUAUUGAUGAGGCAUAUGAAAAUCCACACAGGUGAGAAGCCGUAUACUUGCAAAACAUGUGGGAAAGAUUUUAAAUUUAAUAAUGUUUUGAAAGUCCACAUGAGAACCCACACAGGUGAGAAGCCGUUUAAUACUUGAUUCUGAUUGGUCAACUAUGGCAUUCUACGGUCUGUUAUUUCUUCAUAGCAGACUGUUGCUAUGGAUAUCAGAUCGUUGCUAUGGAUAUCAGAUCGUUGCUACGGACGCAGUUCUGAUCUCUGUUCACAAUGAGAUGACAAUUUUUAUUAGUGGAAGCAAUAAAAUCAUUUUUAAACCAAAAUUUGGUUCAAGUUAUUGAUUUCUUUAGUAAGUAGCUGUGUAAGAAGCAGGAUAAUGCACAGUGAGACGGUCAUUUUUGCGAAAUGAAUCCUUUCAGGGUGAUUCAUGACCCCUCUGCUUCAUGACGGGGUCCUGCUCAUCCUGUCGGGGUUCAUGUAAAAUGAUACAUGAAAAUAAUAAUAAAUUAAAUUAAGGGCUAUGACUGUACCUGUAAUUCAUAUUCUUCUAUUAUACAGAGAAGUUUCAAUGCAUUUUUGUUUUUCAUGACUUUAAGGGCUUUUAUGUAAGAAAUAAACUCAGAAUGAAACACAUUAAACCUAUAGGUUUCACUUUAAUAUACUUGGAUUAGUGCAAUAAAAUCUUCCAAGAAUGAGAA